ACACCAUGGCCGAGCACGGAGCUCACAUCACAGCCGCCUCUGGCGCCGAUGACCGGCCCUCCAUCUUCGAAGUGGUUGCUCAAGACAGUCUGAUGACGGCCGUGAGGCCUGCCCUUCAGCAUGUGGCCAAGGUUCUUGCAGAAUCCAACCCUGCCCAUUAUGGCUUCCUCUGGAGAUGGUUUGACGAAAUCUUCACUUUUCUGGAUCUUUUGCUACAGCAGCACUACUUGUCUAAAGCUAGUGCCUCCUUCUCUGAAAACUUUUAUGGCUUAAAGAGAAUCGUGACGGGAGACCCUCAAGGGGUCCAAAGAUUGGCCAGUGUUGGCCUCCCAAAGAAGCAGCUUUGGAAGUCUCUCUUAUUCCUGGUCCUCCUUCCCUACUUGAAAGUGAAGUUGGAGAAGUUGGUUUCCAGCCUAAGAGAAGAGGAUGAAUAUUCCAUCCAUCCCCCCUCUUCCUGUUGGAAGCGAUUUUACCGAGCUUUCCUGGCAGCUUAUCCAUUUGUGACCAUGGCCUGGGAAGGCUGGUUCCUCAUACAGCAGUUACGUUACAUCCUGGGGAAGGCUCAGCAUCAUUCACCAUUGCUGAGCCUAGCUGGAGUUCGCCUAGGUCGACUCUCAGCUGAAGAUAUCAGAGCUCUGGAAAAGACACUAGCUCAAGCUAGUGGGAUGCCACAACCGGCUACUAGUAUUCAAGAGAAGGUGCAAUCAGCUGUCAAGAAAGCUAUAGGAGGCCUUGCCUUGUCCAUCUCUACUGGCCUUUCUGUAGGUGUUUUCUUCCUGCAAUUCCUAGAUUGGUGGUACUCUUCAGAGAAUCAAGAAACCAUCAAAUCUCUGACUGCCUUGCCUACCCCACCACCCCCUGUCCACCUGGACUACAACUCUGAUUCUUCUCUGUUGCCAAAGCUGAAGACUGUGUGUCCCUUAUGUCGAAAAAUCCGGGUGAAUGACACAGCACUUGCCACCUCUGGCUACGUGUUUUGUUACCGAUGUGUGUAUAACUAUGUGAAGAGUCACCAAACCUGCCCCAUCACAGGCUAUGCAACAGAAGUCCAGCACCUGGUUAAACUGUACUCCCCUGAAAACUGAAUGGCCUUGCCAACUGUGCCCCCAUGGUAAGACUGCCUGCCUUCCAUUUGGCCAUAGAAUGGUAUUGUCAGAUCCAUUCAUGUUAGUCACCCACCUCAGGACCACUUCAACCUUAAAGAGCCUAGCAAAACUUUUUUAAAAAAUCAAAUACACAGGGGCCUCUUGAUGGCUCAGUGGAUUGAGAGCCAGGCCUAGAAACAGGAGGUUCUAUCUAGGUUCAAACUGGCCUCAGACACUUCCCAGCUGUGUGACCCUGGGCAAGUCACUUAAUACUCAUUGCCUAGCCCUUACUGCUCUUUUGCCUUAGAAUCAAUUCUAAGACAGAAGGUAAGGAUUUUGAAAAAAAAAAAUCAAAUAUCCAUUUGAAUAUAGUUUAUUCAUAUGCCUUCUAGCCCCCACCCAGAAAUUAAUAAAAGUUAAGGAAUUACAUGAAGACAUAACCAGGAGUCAUAGGGGGAAUGCAACACAAAGAGUUGUUGGGAGGAGUACAUGAAAUAAGAUUCGCAAAGGGGCUUUAAUCUAGUCUGUACUGUUGCUUAAUACUAUAUGGAAGGAGAGAUACAGUACCAAAUCUCCCCUGUCUCCUCUACUUUGGAUCUAAUCUACAGUGGCCAGAGAAAGAUCCAAAUAGGAAGAGAAAGAAGCAGGCACUUACUUAUAUGCAGUAGGCAGGCCCCAUUUCAAGGCCUCACUUGUCUGCCAAUAACAUUUAGGUGUUCCAAAAGGGAUGUUGUUUCCUUUGAGUGGAAACAAAACUUUAGAAAAUCAGUCACUUUUUCAAACACACACUUACUCAACACAAUAUUUAUUAAUGCCUCAUCCAGUUUGAUCUGUGAUUCAGAGUUAAUCUUUCCAAAGAAAAUGCAUAAUUUACCUUUUUUGGGUAACCAGAAAUGGGCAAAUAAUAUAUUGGGUUGAUUUUACAUUUAGAACAGUCUGAGAAUCUUAAGUGUGAAAGUCAUACUGACAAACCACAAAGAAAAAACACAAUGAUACCUACACUAAUCCAAUUCUCAUAGAGUCCCAGAGAAUGAGAACUGAAGGAAACUUGGAGGUUAGAGUUCAAGCCCCUCAGUUACAAAGGAGGAAUCUCAGAGGCUCAGAAGUGAAGUGAUUUGCCCAGAGUCAUCCAGCCAGUUACUGACCGUCCAGGCUCCCUAACUUCUUGCCCAGGGCUCUUCUCUCCACAAUGCCAUAAAUAACAGGGAGUAGAAAAACAGCUUUGUGUGAGCAUUUUCUUACUCCCAAAACCGUUUGCUAAGCUAACAUGAACUCACUGCUACUAAUAGAAAUUUCUAUGGAGCCCUGGAGCUCUGUACAUAAUAACCCAAAAAUAAAUUUUUGUUUUGCACAACAUGACAAUAAACUAUUUUUGUCAUCAUCUGGCUCCUGAAA